UUUCAUUAGGAGUAGGACUACAGCACUAAAAUUCAAAGCAUUAAAAUUAAACAAAUGAAUGAUGGUAUACUUAAGAACAUUAUAUUUGCUGGUGUUUGCGUUUAUUAAGUUUGUUGAACCACAAUUAACGGCAAAUUCGAUGCCAGAGGAUUCAGAAGAUGAUAAGGUUGGAACAGACCUUGAAGGCAUGAAAAAGUUAUUUACUGAUACUUUGACGGCCUAUGACACGAGAAUAAGGCCUCGUGCAAACCAGUCACAAAUUGUUCAAGUGAAUACAACAUUCGUACCACAGAGUUUACUAGAGUUCGAUACGUCAGAGCAGAAGUUUUCUGUCCUGGGGUACUUCCGGAUCCACUGGAACGACGAAGUCAUCACGUGGAACCCUAUAGACUACGCCGAUACCAAUACUAUUAAAGUGCCUAUUACAGAAAUAUGGACGCCUAGUCUGAUUAUCUUGAAGGCUUUUGACGGCGACGGUGUUGUUGGUAAUAGUCAAACAGACAUCAGUAAAAUUUCGUCGGAUGGCGAUGUUCAGUGGGUCCCAGAAGGAAUAUAUAGUGUUGUUUGUCACGUGGACAUCAAGUAUUAUCCGUUUGAUGAACAGACCUGCACGAUAACAUAUUACGUUUCCGACGAAACAAUCACAACUGUUGAGUUGGACCAUCCUAAACAUGUCAAUCUGGAUGAAUACACUGAAAACUCCGCAUGGAGGAUUACCAGCCUUACUGAGAGGCGAUACUUGUUGUAUAACACAUACCAUAUAGAUGUGGAAUUUAAGCUUCAGCGAAGAGCCAAUUUUGCAACGUUUACUCUGAUUAUGCCACUGCUCAUGUUGGCCUUUCUGAAUAUCUGUAUAUUCUUGGUUCCAAUCGGCUCCGGUGAGAAGGGAUCGUUUGCAAUCACAAUUUUCCUCUCGUACGGUAUCUUUGUCACAAUCGUCAGUGAUACCCUUCCUGAUAACUCUCUCCAAAUAUCAUACUUCCUUCUGUUCAUCAUCGUCCUCUUGUUUAUGAGCGUCUUGUCCGUUCUGUACACAAUCAUUCAGGCAAAACUGAUGGCGAGCAUUGGAGAUAAAGAAUGCUCAGUCAAAUGCUUUCGUCCUAAAAAGAGUUCAAGCAACAAAGUGGUGCCUUUUAAUCCGAAAAAUGCUGAUGACGAUACCGUCAAAGACCCUGAAGUCUGUGAGGUUGAUAUGGACGCCGAAAACGACGACGAUUCAUACACAUGGGGAAUGUUCCUGGAGAAACUCGACUUCAUUUUGUUCUUUCUAUUUCUGGGUUUAAUCCUUCUCUGCUCUACAGCAUUCUUCAGCAUAAUGCUCCAAAGAGUGAGUGAAUCAACAUUGAAUGAAAUAUAAGGUCUAGAAAAGUCUUAAACUUAGGUAGCACUUUAAUCUACUGUUUGGCUACCUUUAUCUGUAGCCGAGAUUUUCUCACGAAUUUCAUCUCUUUUUGCCCACUAUACAAUUUCUAUAAAAUGCGUUUUUUUCCGAAAUUUAUCAAAACAUUUUCUAGUGUAUGUCGGUUUUUGCUACCUAUGAUAAUAUGAGCAUGUUGUAUUGAUCCAGCGACACAAAUGGUCGCAGUGCAUUUCGUCUUACUUUUAUUGCCUAACACGAUUAGAAAUUAGGCGUAACAUUGACUAAAAUAUAUCCAGAUUUAAAAAGGGGAGGGGAUACCUCACAAUUUACUCAUUUACAGAAAUCAUAAUACAAUAAGGUAGUAAAUGGUACAACCCAAAUCUCUUAUUAAGAAAAGUACUAUGUUUUCCACCAUCGUUAUGUUAGGAACAAACAAUAUGUUAUAGUGUUGUGAGCAAAGAAACAGUUCCAGUUUUUUUAUCACUUUUUGAUAUACUUUCUUUAAUCGUUACAUUUCUCCAGAACAUUAAGAUAUUUGUCCAUUUCUGAGUGUAUUCGAGAACAAAUAUAUACGUGAGCUAUAUUUGGCAUACUAAAACAGAUAUUCUAAAACUUUCUAAAUGAGUAAAAUAUUGAGAAAUUCCAAUAAAAUAAUAAAAUAUGAUGUAAUAAUAAUUCGCAAAAGUCUAGGCAGUUAGCAUGCUUAAUUAUAGUCUCAUUGAUACCGCAAAAGUAAGUUUCAGUACUAUUUUUUUUCUGCCUAUAUGAAAAAGUAUGUGAUUUUUUUUUCGCUCGUUCUAACUCUAGUAAAUUAAUUUAAUGGCAUUUCUAUAUAAUGUAUUAUUUUCUUUAUGAAUGUAGCUUUUAGUUAUCAUUUUCAUUUCAUGAUAUUUACUAUCAUAUUUCACUCUUCUGUAUAGUUUUGUUACGUUGCUUUUUGUACAAUCAUCUAUGUGGUUUAGGUGGAUUUUGAAAAAAAAAAACACACACACACACUUUGUUAAGAUAGUUUAAGAGUCACAUCUAUAUCACUGAAGUAUUCUAAAUGUUUGAAAAGCAACAGCUAUAUAAUUCUUUUGACUCUUUGGGGAGAAAAGUGUAAAAAUUACGACAGAGAAAAAUCGUGAACAAAAAUGUGUUUCCUUUUAAACAUUUAAAUAUCUAAAUUUGCAUUCUUAAUGUUACACCUAAUCUAUCUUUUAGAUUUAUUCUUUUAGAGAAAUUUAGAGAUUCGUUUCGGCUGUCUGCGUUCUCAUAAAGAGGUUUUUGACCUGAAUUUUAAGAAUUGCGCUUUCUGGUGACAAGUUUGGUAAAUAUGAGAAAUUAUAUAUUUAGUUCUGACUGAAGUUGUUGAUGAAAAAUGACUGACACAGUAAACAAAGUCUCGAAACCACACAUGUUAGCGACAGUAUGAUUUCGGUAUUUCUUUUAUGAACGUUAAAACCAAUUUCAUAAACAGAUCGAUCUUGUUUUGUUUUGAAUGGCUUAACACAAAUGUUUAAAAAAUAAAUGCUUUCAAAAUGUACACAAUUGCCCUAAAAACACCAGUGAUUUUUUUUUGUAUCCAAAUUCAAUCAGUACUUUGAAGGGCAUGUUAGGCAAGCAGUUAGCAAUCAGAAAGCAUUUGAUUCCUUGAUAUUUUAAGCUACAGAACCAAGUAUCGCAUGUCCGUUAUAUGAGGACAGUUUUCUUCUGGUCAGGUAUACUAAGAAACGUCCUUGAAAACAAAAAUAAAUAUCAAAAUGCCUUUUCUACGAAGAAGAACAGUAAAAAUAUGCUAAUGAAAUACGUAUUGUUUUGUUUUUGUUCGAACGUUUAUUAAAAGUUCAACAUAUUAGAAACAGGUGAAAUUAAUAUAACAAACUAAACUAGCUAAACUGCUUGUAUUGAAUUUCAUUUUAACAUUACUUGGUAUGUCUUAGCCUUUUUGGAUUAGUUAGGUGAAAGAGAUAAAACCUCGUUUUUUUAUUUCGUCUUUUUCUUACAAAACUAAAUUUGUCACAUGCAGAUAAACAUUGUUAAUGAAAAAUUAAUAGAAGAAAGUGCUUUCUGUCACUGAAUAUAGUUAAACAUAAUCAUACAUGCGGCCAGCCAAGGGCCCAAGACAUCCUGAAUGCUUUAAUACUUGACGUUGCUUACAACAAGUCGAACUUAGAACAGACAUCAAUUCGCCUGAAAAGCUGCUUAAGACAUGUUGAACUUUGAACAAGCAUCAAUUCGCCUGAAAAACAGCUUAAGACAUGUUGAACUUGGAACAAGCAUCAAUACGCUUGAAAAAAAAAACAGCUUCAGACAAAUGGUGGCUUACCACGUCUAGUCGAUUGCAUGUAUAGAAGUCAAGUUUAAAGAUAACAACUUCAAUAACAUUGAUUUAUAAUGUUCAAUAUUAAGUAUACAUUGUUAUUGUUAUUUAAAUAUACUACAACAUGCAUUCUCAUCUCGUGUGUGUAUUUUGACUUAUUUCUUUUACAUAUUAGUUUAAAUAAAAUCAAAACUUGG